UCAUCAAGGAAGUAAAGAUGGACUCGUUCGCCCUGGAACCCACACUGUACACAGUAAAAGCAGUACUCAUUCUUGAUAAUGAUGGUGAACGACUGUAUGCAAAGUAUUAUGAUGACACAUACCCUACAGUAAAGGAGCAGAAAGCAUUUGAAAAGAACAUCUUCAACAAGACUCACCGUACAGACAGUGAGAUUGCACUUUUAGAAGGACUGACCGUGGUCUACAAGAGUAAUAUAGACUUAUACUUCUAUGUCAUUGGAAGCUCACAUGAAAAUGAGCUGAUGCUGAUGUCUGUCCUGAACUGCCUGUUUGAUUCUCUCAGUCAAAUGUUGAGGAAGAAUGUGGAAAGAAGAGCUUUGCUAGAGAACAUGGAAGGAUUGUUCCUAGCUGUCGAUGAAAUUGUAGAUGGAGGAGUCAUCCUAGAGAGUGACCCACAGCAGGUUGUCUAUCGUGUAGCAUUAAGGGGUGACGAUGUUCCUUUGACAGAACAGACUGUGACUCAGGUGCUUCAGUCGGCAAAGGAACAAAUCAAAUGGUCACUACUGCGGUAGUGUAGGAACCAUAAUCACUGAAUACACACACACACACACACACACACACACACACACACACACACACACACACACACACACACACACACACACACACACACACACACACACACAGUGACAUUCCUGUAUUCAUGCCUCUGUAUAUCUCAGAGAUCAUUGCACUGAAUUAUCCAUUAGAGGACAUCAGUCAUCCUCUAUAUACUUGGUUAUGUUUGUGAACUGUUUCCAGUAAGAAGGUAUUCCUAAGUAGCUCCUUCUGUUGUAAGCAAUACUCCAUAAUUACUAUUUUGUCAUAUUUGACAACAACCCUGAUACAUAGUUCUCUGUUCUUCCCAUUUCUCAGUGUAUAGAGAUAUGUGUUUUCUGCCCUGCUAUUGCCAGUGGGUAACUGUGAAAAGUGGAACUGAAGUGUAACCCUUCAGUAUGUCUGUGUGUUAUGAACUCCAAGAACCGUAUACAAAUCAUUGUGCAUUGUGUGUCACUUGGCCUUGUUUAUACCUUGAUGAAAAAUAAACUGUUAAUAAAUGUGAAAGAAUUCU